GAUAUCUGUUUUCUUGGGCUAAGUACCAUAAAAAAAUGAGAUGAAGUCCCUCGCAUAAAAAAAUGAGAUAAAGUCCCUCAAAGCAAUUGCAAUGUACUCGUCUGGAAAAAUUUUUGACCCCUGAAAUGGUAUCCGGAAAAAAAUUUUUCCGGGAAAAUUUUUUAGAUAGGGGCCCCUAAAAAAAAUUUGCCCCGGGCCCCCGCCAACCUCUGGGCGGCCCUGCAUGUGCCGAGUAAUUCAUGUACAAUAACACGCUUAAUUACCUUUUUUAUACACACUGUAUAUUGAUGUUGGCUGAACUUUUCCAUUCAUUUCAGCUUGUGUAUAAUUUAUGCCAGCUUUUCUUUAUUUAACUGGAUUGCUCCACCUAUUAUUGCUUUCAUUGGUUCCAAAUUUUCCAUGAUGCUUGGUGGCUUUUGUUAUUGGCAAGUGUUAAUACUGUAUAUUAUUGUGAAUAGUCUUUAAUUUUGCCCUAACCAUUAGUGUCUGACCCUCUACGUGCUCUUGAUGACUAUCCCCUUGCCAAAAUCAACUAUGAAGCAAGCCAUCUGAAAAUUACUUUAAAGCUCAGACAUUUUAGACAUUUUUACAUCAAACGUAGUUUAAAUUACAAAUCAGUUCGUCGCCUGCAUUCAUAAGCAGAAUAUAAUAUAUAAUUAUCAAAUAUAUUAUUGUAUUGUUUGUUUAACUAGAAUAAAUGUGACAUAUUUUGACAAGCAUGUAUAUUAGACUAAACCUCCGCUUGUUUAAUAUUAUGGCCAUUGGCCAUGCCCAAUUGAGUGACCACGCUUCUAAAAUUGGCAAAACAUUGCUGUACACAUCUCUUGUUAGAACCUUAACCCUUUGAGUACCAGCACUUUCCCCUUGAUGGGUUAAAUCAUCUGGUGUUAGACAGAGUGAUUUCAAUAAUAAAGUAGAGUGUAAUUCAACUUAAGCUGUUUUGCAGAUAUUUUCUUAAUAUCUUCUCAAUUUUUUUCACAGGCUAUUUAUAUUGAGCUUAUAUUUUGUAUCCAAGUACGUUCAGCAUGACCUGUCAGGUCUGCUGUAUACAGCAUCUGUUGUCAUUGGAUUUGGGGCUGCAGGUAUACUGUACAUUUUUGUACUUGAAUUUGUGUGCCAAUAUGCAGAUUUUUAUUGAUGUACUGUCUUAUAAAUGGUGAUUUUGCUGUCUUAUAAAUCGAUGCCCUGCUUGUUGGCCGCUAUGCCCUCGAAAUAUACUGAAAUCCACGGCCAGUAGUGGCCUGCCCUCAACCCCAGAUUACAGUAUUUAGGCUUUAGAAUACCAAGCCUAUGAUUUCUAAAAUUUGGCAAUAAAUUUAAAUAGUAUUUAAAUGCACCUUUCCAGCCUUUUGUUUGGCAUUUUUUUGAAUAUUGUUGCUGUUCUGUAUAUUUUUCUUGUCUCAUGGAAACUCAAACAUUAUUUGCAACUUCAAAAUAGCAACUGAAUAAAAUUUUCAAACUGGCCUUGAAUCUUGAUGCCCUGUGUACUGGCCUUGAUGCCCUGAAAAACGUAGUAACAUUCAAGGACAAACUGGCCUUGCCAUUAUUUUUCUCAAAUUCGAGGCCUGGAAUGGUAAUAAAAUAAAAUAUGUAUGCAUAUAGAAACCACAGUUAAAUAUUCGUCCAGAAUCCAGAAAUUGCUAUUCUAGGGACUCUACAUUUCAAAAUUUUUGCAGGGAGAAUGCCCCCGGAACUAUUUAAGUACAGAAUACACAAUUUGAAAAUGUUACAUAAACAUUCAAAACUGAAGGAAAUACUCUUGCUAGUUGUCCUAAGAGUUUAAGAAUAUGGAAAUCAGUCUGACUAAAAGAGUGCACGAUAGAAAAUCACUAGGGCACCAAAUAUUCCCUGGGCCCCCAAAUUUCUCUGUGCAGCCCUGUUUCAGAAUGAUUGUGUUGAAGGAUUGUUGAUAGUGUAUGUGGAUUUAAUAUGGUCAGUUGAUCAAUUGGGGGCGUGUUGAUACAUUUGUUUGAUAUGCAUCCUCCCUGACCUCCCACCCAAUUUUACUCAAAAUUUCAAGUUUUUUUGUGAAAUCCCCACCCCAUCCCUGUACCCCCACUCCCCAGGAUUUAUAUUAAUAGGUGUGUAGGUCAAGUUGGUAAGAAGUCAUUUUAUUUCCAACAGUUAUCUGGACGGCGCAAGGAAGUUGUUUGACGGUGAAUUCUUCAGAUGAAACGAUGGGACGAAACAGUGGAAUAUUUUGGGCAUUCUUACAAUGCAGGUUGAAUUAUGAAACUGUUGAAUGAGAGUUUUAAACUCGCUAACACUUGAACCGUUACCCUUAAUAACACUCUUUAUGUUUUGUAGUAUGUUGAUUGGAAGUUUGAUUGUUUACUUUUGUUUCAAGCCAAAAAAUGGUUCAACGCUGAUCAGUGAGUACCUUACAUACAAGUCAUUUUAGAAUGCGUCUCUUGUAUAGAAAUGGCUAUUCACUGUCAUUGCGGUGCCCUAUUGACUGCCAUUUGGGAGGGGGAAGGGGGGGGGGGGUGCCACACUGUAGUACAUACAGUAUACUGUAUGUCUGGUUAGAAUAUACACUAGGUUAGAAUUCCAGCUAUAUUGACUAAUUUUUUAUCUAGACAAGAAAGACGAAUUACAUCAUUAUAGCUCAAAAGAGCAUCCUAAAAUUAGUAAAAUUGCAAAGUUUGGUUGCGAAAUGUUUUAAAAUAUGGAAAAUAUAGUCCUAUGAAAUUAGCAAAUUUUGACUAUUUUAGUAUUACGCGCGAUAAAAAUAACCACUUUCAGCUUAAAAAUGGUUAUUUUACCACGCGCAAUACUAAAAUACUGAAAAUUCGGGCUAUAUUUUCCGUAUUUUACAACAUUUCGCAACCAAACUUUGCAAUUUUACUAAUUUUAGAAUGCUCUUUUGAGCUAUAAUGAUAGAUUUCGUCUUUCUUAUCUAGAUAAAAAAAUAGUCGAGAGCUAGAAUUACUAAAACUGUCUGUACCAGUGUACAUGUAGGUAGUACCAAUGUGAAAAUGCUGUGCUGAGUGGUUAUAUUACUACCUUAAAAAAUAAGCAGAAACUCGACGUUUCGAGCGAAGGCCCUUCAUCAGCUCUCUCUAUUAAGAUUUUAUUUGCUUUCAGGUCUUGAUCAAAGGUCGACUGUGCUGUGUAUUUUUAUUGCUCUAUCAGCGUUUGGAACGUUGUUCUUCUUGUUGCUACGAAGUGCGAAGAACAAAAAAAAGGUGAGAAUAAUUAUGAACUGUCUUUGUCAGUGUAGGUACUACUGUAAGUGCCAAUAAAAUGAACAAGCUUUCGUUGGUAGGGUUCGUAACUACCUGAAAAUAUAUAAGGAGGAUUUCAAGUUUUUUUAUUAUAAUUUUUUGUAUGAUUUUAUGGCGCACUUUAAUGCAUGGGCGGAUUUUCAUUUUUUUUUAAAGGAGGGGUGGAAAAAUUUCUAGUGGGGUGCAAGCGGCACCACUUAGCGAGUUUUUUUACAGGGUUUAGGCGUUAGGGUUAAAGACUUUCACACAAAAUAGGAAGGGUGAAGCGAAGUUUUGGUGGGGUUGAGCACUUUAUAAGAGGGGUUAGAGAGAUUCUAAGGGAACCCCCCCCCCCUAACUCCCAGUAAAUCCGCCCAUGCUUUAAUGAUGCACUUUAUUGAUGAUGCACUUUAUUAACGUCAUUGAUGAUGCAGUUUAUUGAUGAUGCAGUUUAUUAACGCACUUCAAUGAUGCACUUUAUUGAUGAUGCACUUUAUUGAUGAUGCACUUUAUUGAUGGUGCACUUCAUUGAUGAUGCACUUUAUUGAUGAUGCACUUUAUUGAUGAUGCACUUUAUUGAUGAUGCACUUUAUUGAUGAUGCACUUUAUUGAUGAUGCACUUUAUUGAUGAUGCACUUUAUUGAUGAUGCACUUUAUUGAUGAUGCACUUUAUUGAUGGUACACUUUAUUGAUGAUGCACUUUAUUGAUGAUGCACUUUAUUGAUGAUGCCCUUUAUUGAUGAUGCACUUUAUUGAUGAUGCACUUUAUUGAUGGUGCACUUUAUUGAUGGUGCACUUUAUUGAUGAUGCACUUUAUUGAUGGUGCACGUUAUGAACAUCAGUGAUGAUGCACUCUCAUCCUUGUUUGACUAAGGCUUUAAUUCUCUUCCUUGCCCUGCCUUAGUGCAUUAUUUGAAUAUUUAUCUGUUUCAAAAUAAGCUAUUAUAUACCUGAACCUUUUUAGGAAGGAAGUGAAGAAGAUCUUAUUGUGAAUCUUCAAGGGUAAGAUAUUAAUUUUUCAUCUAAGUACUAAUUAAAAGUUAAAACAUGAGCAACCGAUCUUUAUCUGAUAUACAACUUGCAUAUACUGUAUGUCAGAUAAAGAUCGGAUGCGAAUGUUAAAAAACUGCUUUUAACGAAUGCUUAAAAAACGACCCAUCUUAUGAGUUCAUUGGCGAAGUCAUUUUAAAAAUAAACAUUGUCUAACCCGGGAAAAUCAAAGCUGAAGUUUGUGUAAAUCAGGACAAAUCUUUAUCCGAUUUGCAAACAUUGAUGAAACAUUCAUUUCUUUUGUAUUUUCCUCGUGAAUUAUUAAUAAGAUUUUUAAUUAUAUAUAAAAAAAAUCCGUGCAGCCGAACCGGCCAAUCGGGAAACACAGGUUUGAUUUCCGUAAUUGUGGAGUAAAUUGAUUCCGAGUUUAGACUUUAGAGUAUUAUAGCCACAAACCUAUAGCCACAAACCUAUAGCCACAAACCGUGGCUAUAAUAUAUGCCGAAAUAUGCCUAAUUUAUAGCCAGUGGCGUAACUAGCCCGACGAUUCAAUCCCACUAUGUAAAUAUUGACAAUUCAUGUUUAUAAACUAUCAAACAAUCAAUUUUUAAAGAAAUGAAUAAUGAUAAUGAGUUGAAAUUUGCAUAGCGGGACCAAUUCGUCGGGCUGGCUACGUCUGUACUGUUUAUAGCCAUGAUGGUAAUAGAGUAACCGGUCAGUAUCCUAAUACUCUUUGAUUGUAUAUAUAUACUGCGUUAUUAUGCAACUAUAUUCCAUAAACUGGUAUAACUCACACCUUCAGAUACAGUUGAGAUACCGUCCAUGAAACGACAGCUCCCGUAUGCAUGCUCUCCAAAGAAAUGCUAUAAAACACUGGCUAUAUAAUCGUGGCCAUAUCCACCCAUUGUGCGUGUGCAUACAGCCAAGAUUUACGAUGGAGAGCCGUGCAAAACACGUGUAAAAAAACACGUGCAAAACAGCACUCAAAACUGAAGAGCAAACAGGAUGGUUGACCUCACUAUAAUCGCCGACGUUUUCGUUAGUGUUCGUUCUGGAGUUUUAACAAUUGUUUGCCCGCGUCCAUAUUCCAAAAUACACGUCCAAAUGACGGGUGGAUGUGCCUCUGGCUAAGCCCAUAUUUCUCUCUUUAUAGGUCUGAAACAAGAGUUGAGACGAGUAGUAGUCCGUGGGAAUCAUUUGGUAAGUUGGCUGUAAGCUUUUUGUAUAUACGUUUAUCUAACUUUAUAUUAUUCAUUGCUGUGCUAUUUCUUUUGUCGAUCAGGUAAAAGAAAACUAGACUGGGUUUCCUAUUUCUUGUUUGAAAAACGUACCGGGGGAGGGGUCUUUCGAUGUUUCGAGCGAAAGCCGUUCGGGAAGUUAACUUGAACCUCGAAGUUCUCCUUCUAUUUUUUUAGGUAAUUGUAUCCCUACUGAUUGACUGAUAAUCGGCACCGGGUCGAUUUUGCCUCAUCGGUAGAUAAUCGGAAUCGGUAGAAUUGUCUAUAUUUCCGGUUGUCUAAAACCGAUUGCUGAGAAAAUGCCCACUUUAAAAAUUAUAUGCAUUGCACGUUGCGCUUUAACGCAAUAUGUUAAAUUAAUGCGUGAAGCGUCCAUUUAUUAAAGGUUUUACAGGUAAACUACGUGAAGUGUUCCUCUUUUGACUUCCUAACUCAUUUGGAAUUUUCCUCAUUUGCUUUGCAAAUUUGAAAAACUCUUUGCAAACCCUUUGGGGAAUUUGCAAUUUCCCUAUCGGCUGUUGCAACAUUCCAAUGCAAAAAACACUUCAUUUUAAAUACCUCCUUUCCUGACUUCCUGUUCUGUUUUCAGCGUUGUCAUUGGUGGAUUAUUUUUGUUAGGAAGUUAAGAACUUCUAACCGGAAUGAGGAAAAUUUAAUCGGCUUUUAGCAACGUUGUAAAUUCCCUCAAGGGAUUUGCAAGGGAGUAUUUUUAAUUGCAAAGGUAAUGAGGAAUAUUGCAAUCAAUUUAGAAAGUCAAAAGAGGAACGCUUGACGUAGUUUACCUAUAACGAUCUUUGGUUGCAGUAACAUGUUACGUUGGAAAUUAUCGUUAAAAAAUCGACAUGAAUGAUGUCACAUUUACUCGGUCAACUGAUAUUAUGACGUCAUUAUAAAUCGGCAUCAGUAUCUGGCAGAUUGCGGCAUCGGUAAUUUCCUAUUGUAUUUGUUGCACAAUCGGUCAAUCACCAGUCCCUAUCAAUCCACAGCGUUAUAUGGCUGGCCGAAAACUAGCUUACAAAACUAAUGCCAACGACUGGAAACAAAGAAUUGCCCAAGCUCUUUGCAAACUUCAGAUAAAAAGAUCAGGAUCGUUAAUUUCUGUAGUAUAGGUAAUUUUUUGUUGCCUCGCGUAGCACAGCUAAGGUGCAUGGGAGAAUUAGUUUUGUUGUUAACCAAGCCUUGAUAAAAUAUUUUUCUUCCUGGCAGCAGGCUUCCCAGACCAAAAAUUUCCUGUCAAUUUUUUUUAUGAAUUUGAAUUUUGGUUGUAAUUCAAAUUAACAGACAGUCGUAGCACUGUCACAUGAUACAAAUUUUUAUGUUAUGAUUGUUGUAUUUAUGCUCUAAUUGUGAUGUUUGUUACUUUAAUGCUGAUUUUUGAAAUUUCUCGAGCUUCAUUCUUAAUAUCUUGCUUUUCCUUAAAAAUUUCCUGUGAGAUUAAAAAAAUUUCCUGCCAUGCUGGCGGACUUUCUCAUGCCUUGUUGUUAACAUUGAUGUUUUUAUUUUAUUUUAGUCAGCUCGCUUAGGUUAUUCAUUACGAAGCCAAUGUUAUGUCUAAAUAUCGUCUUUGUAUAUACAGGUAAAACUAUUUUAUGUUUACAUGUAUAUAAUGAAGGGCAGUAUUUUUAAGAUUCACUAUUAAAAUUAGUUUUGUUUUAUUUUAGGAUUAGAAUUGACAUUCUUCAGUGGAGUUUAUGGAACCAGUGUCGGUCAGUAUCCGUGAAAUCUGUGAAUUGGAUUGAAGAAGAGUUACUGAUAUUGUGAUAUUUUUGUGUUAUAGGAAAUACUCUCCGUUUCGCUGAAUCUAAAAGAUUAAUUGGGCUCUCCGGAGUCUUUAUAGGAAUUGGUGAAAUUUUAGGUAAGAUCACCCCAAUCACAUUCAUAGUUUCAAAUAUUUCGACUGUGUCAAUUCAGGUGUUAGCCAGGAUCGCGAAAGAGGACGUCCAAUUUUGGUAUAAUGACAAAUCUACAGUAGGGGGGUCGGGAGUCGAAGAAAACCAAAAAGUUUGGGUCUGAGACUCUCAAACAGUAUUAGAUGUUUACGUUACUUCAUGUCAGUAUCUGCAUGUUCAACCUACUUAAGCUCAUUCAAGAUUUUUCAAACACUCCUGACUUUCUGAGAUUUGUGCUACUAUUCGACCAGGUACACCAUCAAAUGUAUAAUAAUAUUGAAAAUUGAAGCUAUUUCGUUUCAGAUAUAUUAAUAUAUUUCGGGAACUCAAUGAGAAUAAUUCCCCUUUCCCCUGAAUUUGGCCGUCCAAAGACGUCCCCCUCAGUUCUGCUUGUAUGAAACUGUUGAAUAUUAAAACAGUGUCAUUUUUUCAGGUGGAGGGGUGUUUGGUAUAUUUGGUCAACGUAUAACUGCCAAAGGUCGAGACUCUGUUGUGCUUCUUGGAAUGUUGGUUCAUUUUGUUACAUUCUUCCUAAUUUUAUUGAACUUGCCUGAAGAGUCGCCAAAUAGUGCCAGUCAUGGGAUGGGGUUCUUUUUUAAACCAAGGUAGAGUAAGAAUUUCAUUAUUAUACUCUGCCAUUCAAUUAGCCUAUACAGUCCUUAUAUAACAUGUAAUAUGUCUUAUACCAUCACUACCACACCAUAUAAUACUGAACCAGACCUUGUCACACCAUGCUACAUCAUCAAAUGCAUGAAGUUAAUGAGCGGUAAAAAUAUAUCAAAUCCGACUAUGAAGACUUUAUCAGAUAUCCAGUCCAUUGUAAUUACCAUACCAUACCAUACCAUACCAUACCAUUAAAGGCAAUACAUUUCUAAGGGUUUGAAAAAUUUAAAUAAUUUAAAAUUUGCAUAGCAUGACCAUGCCAUACCGUACCGUACCGUACCAUACCGUACCAUACCGUACCGUACCAUAUCAUGCCAAACCGUAUCAUACCAUGCCAAACCGUACCAAACCAUACCAUAGCAAACAUAUUAUAUCAUACAAUAUCAAACCAUACCAUACUAUACCACACCAUGCCAUACAUCACGCUAUGCCAUACCAUACCAUACCAUACCAUACCAUACCAUACCAUACCACACCACACCGUACCAUACCUCCACCAUACCAUAUGGUAUUGUAGUCACAGCGUCAUCUUUGAAUCAUGUCAUUUAACACAUUUUGCAGUGUUUCAAUAGCAAUGCUAUGCGCAUUUCUCCUUGGGUUUGGUGACAGUUGUUUUAACACCCAGGUAUUUUACCAUUUAAAAUCUGAUCGAAUUUCCUUUUACGGAUUUGAAAUAAUAUUAGAGAGGUUCAAAUUUUGAUUUCCAUUACCAUUAGCCAAUCAGAUGCCUGUAAUCUACCCGAUUAACCAAUCAAAUGCGUAUUAAUCCUGUGGUGGUGGUAGAAAUCAUAUAUGAAUUUUUUUAUUACAUCUCAAACAAAUUAUUGUUACGAGGCCAAAAAAAAAGAUGUGGGUUUCCGGUUUGGCGACCCUACCCUAGCUUUUGGACGUCGAAAUCCCGACCCUAAACUUUUUUUAUUGGAUCAUGCUUGUAAGUGUUUCCACUUAAAGGAAAAAGUUUGUGGAAAAUUGAAAUUUGAGGCAAUAUUAGGGAAAUUUAUCUUUGGAUGUGGCAGCACUGACUAAACAAAAUGGCGUCCGGUUGUUAGGAAAAUUAAAAAAAAAGUGAACCGACCUACCCUGGCAAUUGCUAGAUAGUAUACUUCAAAAUAAGAUUUCCGUUUUUAUAUCAAUUUUUAAAAUAAGUUAGGAUUAGGUUAGGGUUUAGGUUAGGGUUAGGUUAGGGUUAGGGUGAGGGUUAGUAUUAGGGUUAGGUUUUAGUGUUGCGUUAGGAUAGUUUUUUCUACGUUAUAAAAACGGAAACCUUAUUUUGAAGUAUACUAUCUAGCGAUCACCGACCUACCCUACCUAAGUUUUUAUAAGAAGAAAUCGGAAACCCACAUAUUUUUUUGGCCCGACUGUUCCUUAAAGGCUGUUUUCCACUAGGCGGAAUUUUCCGCGCGGAGCGGAAUUUUUCUUUGUCUUGUGAUUUCUCGGGUGGAACUAAUUAGAAAUAACAAAGAAAAAUUCCGUUCCGCACCCAAAUUUCGCCUAGUGGAAAACCGGCUUAAGGUCCAUUUCCACUCAAGAAAUAUUUCCAUGGACAGAAAAUUUUCCGAAAAUAAAAGUUGAAAAUUUUUUUCCGACGGGAAAUUUGUGUCGACCAAUUUUACAAAAUUUUGUUUCUGGGGGAAAUUUUCCCGAAUGGAAAUGGCCCGUUAGUCCUUUCAUCGUACAUCUUUGUAACGGUCUAUUUCACUAUUCAACUUGUUAUUUUUCAGAUUAUGUCUUUACUGGGUAAUUUCUAUUCUGACAAUAGUGCUUCUGCUUUUGCGAUAUUUAAAUUUUCUCAGGUAAGAACAGACACGGGAAUUUUGCAGGUUAAUUUUGCUUGUAUUUUAACGGGUUCUGAAAAGCUCAAGGUUGUUUGUUGUUGUUUAGUCUGUCGCCGCUGCAGUUGGAUUUUUCUACAGUAGUCAUUUGGGGCUGAAAGCACAACUCUAUAUUUUGGUAAGAAAAUAUUCGUUUUGAAACUAAAGCCUUGUCAAACGAGAACGAG